AUGAACCAAAAGGAAAAGCUAUGUAAAAAAGAUGGAACAGAUAAGAUUGAUCAAGCAUAUUUCAGAAGUCUAAUUGGUUGCUUGAUGCAUCUCACAGCAACGAAUGCUAUAAGCAUUUUGUCUCGAUUUAUGCAUUGUGUAAGCGAAUGGCAUCUCAAGACUGCAAAGAGGGUGAUUAGAUAUGUUAAAGGCACAUGUGAUUUUGGCCUUAAAUUCACAAAGAGCAAAGAGUUCAAGCUGGUUGGUUUCUCAGAUAGUGAUUGGAGAGGUUCCAUUGAUGAUAUGAGGAGCACUUCAGGCUACUGUUUCACACUUGGUUCUGGUGUUAUCUCAUGGAGCUCAAAAAAACAAGAAACUGUAGCUCAAUCCACUGCUGAAGCAGAGUUUAUAGCUGCAACAGCAACAGUCCAUCAAGCAUUUUGUAGAAGAUGA